AUGAAGCUGGCCUACUUUUCUUCUCUUCUCCCCCUUGCCCUGGCGGCUCCGGCCAGCGUUGUUGACCCGCGCGAACCCAAGGAGGACAUCACGGACCGCUACCUGUUUUCCACGCCCCUCCCCACGUUCCUCGAGUAUCGGGAAAAGGAGAACCCAGACUCGCUUGACUGGACCUCUGAUGGCUGCACGCAUGCCUCCAACAACCCCUUUGGCUUUCCCUUUGAGCCCGCCUGCCAGCGCCAUGACUUUGGCUAUCGCAACUACCAGGCUCAGACCCGAUUUGAGUCUGACAGCCGGUAUCGUAUCGAUCUAAACUUUUAUAAUGAUAUGAUAUUCCAGUGCACUGAUGUUUCGGCCCUGCGCUCAUGCCAUGGCCUUGCCGACGUCUACUAUGCUGGCGUGCGCAUGUUUGGUGGUUUCGCUAAACGCGACGAGAUGGGUGCCGUCGUGGCCUCUGCUACAGAUCCCAAAGAGUCUGCAGAGGAUCUCAUUGCUGUAUACUACACUGCUCUCCAGGAAUACCACCAGGCUGUCAAGGCGGACCAAGCCGACGGCCUCCUGCCUCGGCUAUAA